AUGUCCGCCGUCAUUCUGUCACUGAGCAGCGUGGCGGAUGUCGGCCGUCUUCUGUCACGGAGCAGCGUGGGAAGUGCCGACAGCGGCUUCGCUCGUCUGAACAGUGCCGACAGCGGCUUCGCUCGCCAGAACAGUGCUGACAGCGGCUUCACUCGUCUGAACAGUGACGACAGCAGCUUCGCUCACCCGAACAGUGCCGACAGCGGCUUCACUCGUCUGAACAGUGCCGACAGCGGCUUCACUCGUCUGAACAGUGCCGAAAGCGGCUUCGCUCGCCAGAACAGUGACGACAGCGGCUUCACUCGUCUGAACAGUGCCGACAGCGGCUUCGCUCGCCAGAACAGUGCUGACAGCGGCUUCGCUCGCCAGAGCAGUGCUGACAGCGGCUUCACUCGUCUGAACAGUGCUGACAGCGGCUUCGCUCGUCUGAACAGUGCCGACAGCGGCUUCGCUCGCCCGAACAGUGCCGACAGCGGCUUCGCUCAUCUGAACAGUGCCGACAGCGGCUUCACUCGUCUGAACAGUGCCGCGGAGUUUGCGUAA